GUCACAUCACGCAGUCCCUUUCAUUUGAAACUUCCUCCAAGUUCCAACACAUCCACGGCAGACUGAGGCUACAUUCGAAUAAAAAUGGCAGACUUCAUCCAGGUUCUUGACCCAGCAAAAUUGAUCUUCGCCGAGACAGCGCUGGCCUUCAUAAUCAGCCCUUUUACUGUUCCAGCAUACAACCUGCCUAUCUUCCUCUUCGGCUCGUAUGUACAGGAGAGCCACGACGCGGCACAGUCGUUGAACUUGUUCGCGGGCUUGUUAUCGUUGUCGAUAUUCUAUGACGUAUUGUGGAUGAUCAGGAAUGAACAAGGCGCCUUUCUUAGGUUGCUUACUGUUAUCCUCUUGCUUUUAAAGCUACCAACCACUGGUUCCUUCUUGAUUGCCGUUCGUCAACGCGGGGGACAGUUCCCCGGCCUCGGAACUGAUAUCAAUGGUCCUACAGUUUGGUCAAUGCCUGGGGGCUUCACCUCCAGUGGUCGUGAUGGGUACCAGACCGUGGAAGACGACGCCCCACGUGCUCCCCCAAAAGUCAGCUCCACACCACAGCCUGCCAACCAGUCUGGCACAUAUCAGUCUGUCUGAAAAUUGCCUGGAACCUUGGCACUGGGGUGUUUUGGUGUUGUGGAUCACAUAUAUCAUUUUGAGGAUAGACAUCUGAUGUACCUCUAGAUUUUGGCAAUGCGAGGAGACUCAUCUGUGUCUGCUGGUUAGUGUAUUCAUGAAGACAGAGCAUAAUUUAUCACACGAAUCGGAUUCCAACGUUUGAGAGUGUCCGUAGCCUGCACGUCUAACAAUUCUGAAUGUUUUCUGUGAGCGAAUGUUGUUGACUUGGACUGAACCACGCACAUUAGUGGGGGUGGACACCACUCAAGCGCCAUUGAGGAACAUGCGAAGGGCUUGGCUUGGCUUUGCGAAGACUAGUGAG